AUGCCGAGCAUAUUCUCCUACCAGAGUGCUGAAGUCGACUGGUGUGAAGGCAACUUUGACCGCUCGAAAGUCAUUGCCGAGUACUACAACACCAUCAGCAAUGUAAGCUUCUUUGUCCUUUCUCCUGCCCUGCUCUACCUGAACCGGCAGUACUGUCAGCAGCGUGCCUUGCCCUUGUAUUUCGUCUCUGGCCUGCUCUUCUGUGUAGGAAUCUUCUCCAUGUACUUUCACAUGACCCUGAGCUACGCGGGACAGCUCUUGGAUGAGCUCUCCAUCCUCUGGACACUGGCUGUGGCAUAUGCCGUUUGGUACCCAAGGGUUUACUUCCCCAGGUGCAUCAAGAGCAGGAAGCAUUUCUUCUGGUUGAGUGGCAUCACCACCGUGAUCAGUACCUUGAUGUCCUUCAUCAAACCAGCCUUCAAUGCCUACGUGCUCAACUGCAUCGCCUUCCACCUGCUGUACCUGACACGGCGUGAGCUGAAAAAGUGCAAAGACAAAAGGGUUCACCGGAUGGCCAAGGUCAUGGUGAUGUGGUGGGUACUGGCCAUCAGCAGCUGGAUCAGCGACCGGUGGCUCUGUGGGCUCUGGCAGGCCAUCAACUUCCCCUACUUCCACAGCUUCUGGCAUAUUCUGAUAGCCAUGUCCCUCCUAUACUGCUGCCCACUGGUCAUCUACUUUGACAUCAACUACGAGAUGCCAACAUUCAAGCCAAAGCUAGGAUAUUGGCCCAGUGACUCUUGGCCUGUUGUGGUGCCUUACAUUAUCCUGGAGGAGCCCCACAAGCAGUGCUAG